ACGUGUGUAUUCAAAUUUAAAUGUCUGAGAUACUUAGGUAAGGAAUACAAAUACUACAAGAUAGAUGUGGCCUGCCCCUUCUGGAAUGCAAUGUUAUUUAACACAGGUAAAAACAUCAAAUCUAAAAAUAGCGAUAACGCAAUAACGUAUACACUGAGACAUAAGGUACGAUGACAAAAUUCUAUUAAUACUUGACACGCUUCGGUGGUCACAAGUACAUGUACAUCUUAAGCGUUGACCAGAUUAUGUGUAUCUGUCAAACAUGGCAACCACAAUGAAUGUACGAGCGGCACAAUAUGGUAAUGGCUACACAAAAGGACGGAACAGGAGUAGCAAUAUCUGCGGAGCAGACAUAUAUCCUUAGACUGGUACUCUUUCUAAACGAACAGGGAUCAUUGGCAUUAAAGGAGCUUUUGAUAUAUAAAGUAUUCAAUUGUUCUAUUCAGGAGAAAAAACUUCAACUCCAGAGCAAACUUUCACAGACACAGUUUGAUGAACUAUAUUCUAGUCCGUCGUGUCCCCUAUUUCUUAAAGUUAUCUACAGAAGUCCUCGCCAUCAUCAGCUCAAAUGUAUUCAGCCUUCCCGCUGUGUCAAGUGGAAGCGAUGUUCUGGUCAAAUCACACUUAAAGGGAGAAGGACUAAACAAAUUCCUUAGUGGUUACUCAGAACAAAUCAAGAAUAAGAAAAUACUGAGCAAAAAGCAGCUAGGUUGUCUAUUUCCAACAGUUCGGUUUGACAAACUGGAUAUAACACUACUGAGUUAUUUGCUGUUUGAAAUAUUUAAUAUCAAACCAACUUCAUUGGUGUUUACCCAGCUACCACACCAGCACCACACAGAGAUUGGGGAUGACAUCUCUCGACUUCGAUGGUACCGAAACGAGGUGUCUCACAGAGGUACAACAGGUAUUAGUCAGAAGGAAUUCGACUCUUUCUGGAAGGAUAUUUCUGGAGCUCUCAUUCGUAUAUUAGGUGUGGAGUGUAAAUCGCGUUUGGAUGACAUGAAAUGGAAGAGUAUAGAUGGUCCCAUGUUAUCAGACUACCGGCAACUUAUUGAACAAUGGCAUCAAGACGACGUGGAAACUUGGAGAUCUCUGGAAAAGAUAAUGGAGGCAGUUAUAGAUGUUAGGAAAUGUGUUGGUCAUCGAGACUAUCAGCAUCGAGUUUGGUGGAAAACUUUCUUAGCAGAGGAAAUGAAGAAACAGAUGGAAAGUUUCUUGCAGAGAAUUAAUAUGUCUGCAGAACAGAAACGAGGAAAGUCGGACCAGCUGCAUAACGCCCUGUUUUUUGAAAACAGGAUAGCCUUAUUACGGGCUUGCCAUAUCUUAGAAAAGAAUGACAUUCGCUUCAAAACAUGUUCAGGUUCAUCUUUGGGACGAAGUGCAAGUUCUGUCGAGUCUGGAAGCAGUCAUGGGAAAAAUUGUUCCAAAUCAAGGCAAACACAGGAAUGCAAAGGCUGUAUGUCAAAAGAGCACUCUGCAAGACAGAUGCCUACAGCGGCCAAAGGGAGACGCAGAUGGACAGGACCGAUCACGUACAAUCAACAUACACCAACUUCAUCGUUAGAUGAACUUUCGUUUCAUAUGGCGAAGAAUUUACAGCUACACACGCCGACUUCUUCAUUGGAUGUUAUCGACGUAGAUGCCAUGGAAUCAUGUUCGGUAUGUCACGAUGUGAUAGACUUGCCGGGGAAUAUACAGGAUAGUAUAACAAAUGUAAACUGCCAGCCAUCAAGACGCCACCCCCAACGGAGGAAUACUCAGAGUGUCAGCAACACCUCGGCUUCUCUAUGUACAGAUAUGUUUAAAACAGAAUCUGACCAGUACAGACGGGAACAGAGGUUGGAGAGAAGAAAACUACGAAAGAUGGAAAAUGAAAAUAUUCAGGGGAGGAGGGAAUCUCUCGAGCUGCUGAAUAAAAACCGGAAAGAACACCGCGUUACUCGGCCUGGAACUCCUGUUCCCUUUAACCGUCCUUAUUAUGAAACUGGACGAAGCAAAGGACACUCACAUCCUCUCCAAACUUCCUUAGAGUCACACGAGUCGGAGGAGGUCCAAAGACGACAACAGAAUAAAAGGUGGACGACCCAUCCGAUACGUCCUGAAAUGGGGAAACCUGUAAUUACCAGAGACCGCCGUAAAAGCACUAGUGACGUCACUCCGGAAUCAUUUGUUUCCAUUCAUAAGCAGAUCAAGGACAAGUACGGGAAAGAUGCACUGGAUUUUUCCGAAUUCACUGACAAAUUCUCUAAGCCACUGGGUUUUCCACAGAUCAAUGAAACAGACGAGGACAGCGAUGAACAAGCUGACGAUAGUCAGCUUUCAUUCAAACUUGAGAUACGCAAAAAACCAAGGAAGCUAGAUAUGACGUCAUGUACUAAAGGUGUCAUAUCGGUCCUGAAGGGCUGUGUCUCGGCAGUCUAGAACAUAUUGACUUCCUGAGAAAAGCUUGAUAUUCAUGUCGUGUGAUAGCGGUCCUGAAGGGCUGUGUGUCUCGGCAAUCUGGAAAUAUUUACUUACGGAGCAAAUCUCGGUAUAAAUCGUAAAUAUUGGCCCUGAAAGGUUGUGUCCGCGGCAAGCUAGCUGAGCUAAGCACGGUAUUUAUAUCAUAUGAUAUCGGUCCUGAAGGAUGGUCUGUCUCGGCAAUCAAGAACAUAUUGACUUCCUAAGAAAUCUCGUUAUAUAUAUCAUGUGAUAUCGGUCCUGAAGGCUUGUGUGUCGCGGAUGACCAGAACAAAAUGACCUAUUGAACAAAUUACAGUAUUUAUAUCGUGAAAUAUUGGUUUUGAAGGGUUGUUUGCCGCGGCAAUCUAGCUGAGCUAAGCAAGGUAUCUAUAUUAUAUGAUAUCGGUCCUGAAGGGUUGUGUGCCGCGGCAAACUAGAACAUAUUGACUUCCUGAGCUAAGCGAGGUAUCUAUAUCAUAUGCUAUCGGUCCUCAAGGAUGGUGUGUCUUGGCAAUGAAGAACAAAUGGCUUCCUAAGAAAUCUCGUUAUAUGUAUCAUGUGAUAUCGGUCCUGAAGGCUUGUGUGUCGCGGAUGUCUAGAACAUUUUGACCUAUUGAACAAAUUACGGUAUUUAUAUCGUGAAAUAUUGGUCCUGAAGGGUUGUGUGCCGCGGCAAACUAGAACAUAUUGACUUCCUCAGCAAAUCAUGGGAUUUUUGUCGUCUCUGCAUAGACAUACUCAACGUUGACUACGUAUAGCAUUGUAUCACUUUGACUUGAUACUUACCUGAUACUUGAUACGACCAGUAUGUGUUAUGCUACAUACUCGUUAGCCUUUCAGAAAAAAUAAUGUAAUAAUGUAUAGUAAUGUAGUAAUGUAAAAUAAUGUAAUGAUGUAAAAUAAUGUACACAUGGCAGCAUUCUCAUGUUAUUUUCAAAAUAUGUAUAGCAAUAUUAACUCCUCAGUCAAACUCUUACAAAGCUGUGUUCUGUGACUGAAUUUUUCGUCACAUAGAAAGCCAACUGUUAUAAAUAUGUAAAAUUUUAUACACUGUACAUUAUGUUGAUGAUGAAAAGAUUAAAUGAAGUAAGAAAAA